CAGUUUCUGUGAGCAAAGUUUACCAUUAUGGCUACGUCGUCAGGCAAAAAGGGGAAGAAAACUUCCAAGAAGAACAAGCUUUCCCUCGGAGAGUUUCUUACCGACGGUAACUCAACGCCGGCGCAGGUGAAGGUCGCCGUGCCGCUGAAAUUACGCGACUGGGCGGACGAGGCCGAUGAAGAUGAAGACGAUCGUCCAGUGCGCACUCAGUUGAUCGCUCUGCCGACGGCACCGCGAGCAACCCGGUUGCUUAGCGAUGACACCGUGCCGCACCAUCCGCCGUUUCAGGCUUUCAUCUCGAAUCUACCCUAUGACAUGAACGAGAAUGAAUUGCAUGACUUUUUUGAUGGCAUGGAAAUUGCGUCCCUUCGGCUGCCACGGGAUGAUAACGAUACCGGGAGGUUGCGCGGUUUCGGAUACAUAGAGUUUGCCAAGCGCCAAGAUUUGAUUGAUGCACUUUCAAUUCCCGAGCCAGUGAUUCACGGUCGUCGCAUUAAGAUCGAUUUGUCAAGUGAAAAGGAUAAUCGGCAACAGCGCAACAAUAAUCGCUACAAUGAUAACUAUGGGGGUGACCCGGAUCGGCCUAUGGGAAACUGGCGGGAUGGUCCCCGAGUUAAUGAUCGUGAACAGGGUCAACGCAGGCCGUAUAAUAACUACAACCGCGACCGUGGCGAUCGUGGCGAUUCCGACAGGGAGCGCUAUCCAGAUAGUGGUGCGGAUGGAAACUGGCGUUUAGGCGAUCGGCCAGUGCAACCGGCGCCAGAUUCUCCACCAUCGAACCGGCGUGGAUAUGAUCGUGGUAAUGAUCGCGGUGGAGAUCGUGGUUUUCGUCGAGGAGGUGAUCGAUCUGGUGAUCGUGGCGGAAGACGGGAAAUGGAGCCCCCAAUGGAGAGACCAAAAUUAGUACUGCAACCGCGAACCUUGCCUCUGCCAGAGAAACCUAAGCCCGAACCUGAUAUGGAGGGUUCCGAUAGAGACGCCAGUCAAGAACGUAGAUAUCACUCGGGAAGUGAGACCUCAGAUGAUAAAGAAAAUCGAAAAGUAGAAGUAGAGUCUCGUCCGAAGCCCACUCCGGUGCCAGCCGCAAAAGUAUUUGGCGAUGCCAAACCAGUAGAUACUGCUGCCCGUUUGAAAGAGAUUGAAGAAAGAAUGCAGGAAAAACAGCGUCAAGAACGGGAAGAACGGCAAAAAAAGGCUGCGGAAGCUGCUGCUGCUGUUGCUGCUGCUGCCGCCGCUACCGCCUCAUCUGCAGUAGCUGGUUCUACUUCCGGUGAUGAAGACGGUAAAGAAAAAACCGACCCCAGCAAAGAUGAAAGCGAAAAUCGUUCUGAGGAGAAAACCGAAAAGAAACCUGCCGAAGUGAUCAACUGGAGGGUGCGCAAUGAUGAUAAGGAAGGUGAGCGCCGUGGCGGGCAGUCGCCUUCGCGACGGUACAGUCCGACCAGAAAGUUCAACAAAAGAAACGAUGAUUAUGAUUACUCAGAUAAUCGUGAUUCGCGCGACAUUCGGGACAGAAAUAUGAGCAGGGACAAUCGGAAUAUGCGGGACAACCGUCGAGACUAUAACCGGAUGAAUGAUCGUGGCGAUCGGCGUGAUUAUCGGAUGGGGGAUCGCGACCGCGACCGGGACGGUGAUGUGAAUCGCGGUGGUCGCGGUGAUCAACGCGGCGACUACUAUCGCGCAGCUGAUAACCGGGAACGUCGGGAAAACGCGCGGCCAGCUGCCGAUCGUGAACGGGACCGCGAGCAAAAGCCAAUCGAGGAGCGAAUGCCAAAAUUCCAAGAACCAGCCGGACCGAAUCUAUCGGUGCAAAAUACGUAUGAUGGCCUGUCUGCGGACGAGAUUGACGAUUAAAUCCGGGGAUAACAGGAUAGAAACCGCAAUUGUAACUAAACGUUUGAAACACAAAUCUUAUUUUGGGAGGCGACACUGGAGAUAGAGAUCAAAAGCGUAACAACGGUAGCAGCGUCAGACAAACAAUAAAAGCUAAUAUAUAAAAUACAAAACAUAGGAGAAGAUUGCAAGACACAUUGGAUGCGGACAACGACCGGCAGGUUUUGAGUAGGCACUUAUUAUUAGAAGUAGUAGUAACAACAAAAUGCUGCCCUCUAGCUGCUGAAAGGGCGAUGAAAAUGUGCUGUGUUUUAUGCUGGUUAUAUUCUCGUUUGCGCGCUGCUGCAUUUUCAUCGCCCAGCACCAAUUUUCAGCACUAGUGCUUGAGCAGCCUUCGAGUGAAGAAACGAAGAGAACGGUCGCUUACAACCUGUUCGGCGGUCGAGACGGACGUUCUUCCUGACCCGACCGAGAAAAGUCUGUAUAAUAUAUUCUAAUCAAUGUAACUUGUACUAAAUGACUACCUUCAAUGCGAAGGAUGAUACAAUGCUGAUGUCCGAAUGUGUAUAUGGUGAAUGUAGAACUUUUAUUUAUAACAAAUCAAAAUCAGCGUUUUGAUGCUUUGCGGCGUUACCUAUGAGCAUUCACAUUUUGAUAAGACAUUUUUACAUACCACAGAGGAAUACUCGUUUGCUGAAGUGAGAAGUAGGUGAGAAGCAAAUUUAGAAUAAUAGUCCCUUCGAGGAGUGUGUACCCUGGACGUUCGCUUGUUCUGACUGUUUUCUGAGUUCUUGACGUUGAUUUCUUUCAAUGUGUGCGUUACGAUGUGAGCUUUUAUUUCCUAGAAUAUGGAGCUUAACAAAAUGUGUGUGGCUAGAGAGUAUCGAUUUGAAUAAUUAUGAAAUCCAAAUGAUUCCAAAAUUUGCUUAACAUUUUCGUUUUGGUAUAGUUUUUGUUUUUCGCGUUUGUUCGAAAUUAUUUCUUUUGUAAGAAUAUUAUGCUAUAUGUUUACUUGACACCUGAGUUACUCAGUAAACUGUUGCAAACUAUCAAAUGAAUAUAAGUAUGCUUAGUUAUUUUUUAUUGUAUAAUGGAAAUGCUAAUAAGGUGGCUUCUCAAUUAUCUACCAAAUUCUUGCAAAUAUACAUCAAAACCAUGUUUCUUUAUACAUAUACUUUUUUCAUAGAUAAUCAAGAAGCAAAUAGUUAAUUUACUGUUUAAGAAAAGAGAUGGGAAAAUAGACUAAACUGUAAUAUCUCUUACGAUGCUAAUCUUCGUUUAUAUAGGAAAAAUCUGGACGGCGCAAAAUGGAAUUAUUUAAACUAUUGCAACACAUAUGUAGAACCUAAAAACGGAAAACGUUAAGACAAAAUACAACAAACUGAAUGCUUA